AUGGCGUUAGAUGAUUCAAAAAUGCCUUUUCCGCAAAAUGUUCAGAUGAUUCAAAUACACAGUUUGGAGGUGAAAGAAACCAAUUUUGACCCGGAGCAAAAUGGAACGAAAAUUUGUGAGCCAAGGCCAUUUAUAGGACUUACAAAAGAACAACUAGAACAAUACCGCAAUGAUCCAUUUUGGAAAAUUCUCAGAUACAUAAUGUUUGCGCUUUUCUGGGUAGCGUGGAUUCUAAUGUUUUUGGGUGCUAUUUUACUUGUUGUAUUCAGCCCAAAGUGCGCACCAAAAAAAGAACCAGAAUGGUGGCGGAAACAAAUUAGUUAUCAGAUAUUUACACCUUCUUUCCGUGAUUCUAACAGUGAUGGAAUUGGUGACUUUAACGGAAUUCGAGAAAAGCUUGAUGACUUGCUCAAAAUUGGUGUACAGACAAUUUGGGUAACACCAGUAAUAGCUACUCAGAAGGAUGACUUCAAACCUUCUGAUAUAAUUAGCUUAACGAGUGUUGAUGAACGUUUUGGUACCAUCGAUGACCUCAAAUUAUUGAUAGAUCAAACACAUAAACUUGGCAUGCGCUUUACUAUGGAUUUACCAAUAUCGACAAUAUCUUCAUCACAUGAGUGGUUUAAGUCAGCGAAAGAAGGAGGUAAGUACUAUGAUUAUUUUAUAUGGAAGAAAAAAUCAGAAGUAAAUACUGGUGAAAAUUAUGUUGUCGAAGAAGGGAAUGAAAAUGCUUUCUUAACAUAUAAUGGAAAAGAUCCAGUACUCAACUGGCAUAACCCUGAUGUACGACAAAGUAUUUUUGAUGUUGCCAAGAAUUUCCUCAACUUGGGAGUUGAUGGUUUUUAUUUAGAGGGCAUCAUACAAAUAGUUAAAUAUUUACCAGCCCCGCAGAUGCUUAAUGAAUUCAUCAAUUCUUUACAACUACACGUAAAUCAAAAUGAAACAAUUGGUAAACGAGAAAUCGCUGUUUUUUCUACAAUGGAUGAUUUGGUUGAACUACCGACUUCAAACAGUUCACAAAAUAGUUUAUCACAGUUAACAUAUAUUAUCGAUAAUUCAGUCACGAGAAUCAACAAUGAAUCAUGUUUGGAAGGAUUAGCUCACUGCUUAUAUGUUUCAUUGAUUUCAUCGCUGGAACAGUUUCAUAGUUCGCAGCUUCCAUAUGCUUGGCAAUUUACAGACUAUCAUAAUUCUCGUCUCAGCACAAGAUUCAAUAAGGCAACAUCAACUUUGCUUACUUUUCUACAACUUUCAUUACCGGGUAUUGCUCACCUAUAUUAUGGACAGGAAUUAGCUCUUGAAGAUGCUGAUAGUGCAGCCAAUAAAUUUACUGGUCUAAUGCAGUGGGAUAGCAGUGAAUAUGGUGGUUUCACAUCUGCUCGAGAAAAACCAUUUUUCUCCACAACAACUAAUUACAAAGAUGAUAAUUUUAUGGCUCAGUACAGUGUUAGCAAAUCGCCCUUGAAAACAAUGAAAACUGUCGCGAAAAUACGCCAAGCUGAUGAUAGCUUUACACUUGGCAAAAUUUUAAUCGCACCACUUCAUAAUGAUGUUAUUAUGUUUGGUCGAUUCCAUCAAACAAAUGAUUCGACUGUUGGCGCAGCUUAUUCGGUCGUAGCAAACUUUGCCAACGAAAAAAGACAAGUUGACGCAUCUAUAGUGUUACCAGAGGAUCGCAAAACAUUGACAGCUUCAAUAAUUGCUGUUACGCCAAAUGUACAACAGUACCGAAUUAAUGAUAAACUGAAAAUUCAUGACCAAAAAAUUACUCUUGGGCCCCAGCAGGGAAUUAUUCUUAAAGUGGCAUCCAAAUGA